GCGCGGUUGCCAUGGCAGCGGGGUAGCGGGCCUGGACGCUGGCAGGCGGGGAGGAGGCUGCGGGCUCCCUGGGCUGUCCGCGAAGUCCCACUCCUGGACCGCGGAGCCCGCAGCUCUGAAGGGUGGCUGGGCACCGCCGCCAUCAUGUCGUUGGGUACUGGGGAGCCGGCCUCGGAAACGGGAGAUGACAGUUUAUCUGCAAUCACCUUUGACUCUGACUUUGAGACGAAAACAAAAAGGAAAAGUUUCCACAAACCUCCACCCACAUCACCAAAGUCACCUUAUCACUCUAAGCCAAGAAAAGUGGCAUCCUGGAGAUCCCUCAGGACAGCAGGGAACAUGCCUCUGGGUGGGAGAGUGUCUCUAACCCCACAGAAACUGUGGCUGGGAACUUCAAAGCCAGGAAGUCUGACCCAACCCCUGAAAUCAAACCUCACCUUGGAGCAUACAUGGACCAACCCCCCCAGCAGCACUCCUGACUAUCUGACAGAAGCUUUAAGAAUGAAGAGGUCAAACCUCAGGCGUUCUGCCAGCAAUGGUCAUGUCCCUGGGAUUCCUGUCUACAGAGAGAAAGAAGAUAUGUAUGAUGAGAUUAUUGAGUUAAAGAAGUCAUUACACAUGCAGAAAAAUGAUAUGGAUCUGAUGAGGACAAAGCUUCGGCGCUUAGAAGAAGAAAAUAACAGAAAGGAUCGGCAGAUAGAGCAGCUUUUGGAUCCCAGUCGAGGCUCGGAUUUUGUUCGGACUCUGGCAGAGAAAAGGCCUGAUACUGGUUGGGUCAUUAAUGGGCUAAAGCAGAGGAUCCUGAAGUUGGAGCAGCAGUGCAAGGAGAAGGACACCACCAUCAACAAACUCCAGACUGAUAUGAAGACCACCAACUUGGAAGAGAUGAGGAUCGCUAUGGAGACAUACUACGAAGAGAUCCAUCGUCUCCAGACUCUCUUGGCAAGUUGUGACACUACAGGAAAGAAGCCUCCGGGGGAAAAGAAGAUGAGUGCAAAAAGGCAGAAGAAAGUGAAUAGUGCUCUCCUGAACUUGUCUCGGAGUGUUCAGGAGCUUACGGAGGAAAACCAGAGCCUGAAGGAAGACCUGGAUCGCGUGCUGAGUAACUCUCCCACUGUCUCCAAAGUAAAAGCAGGUUACACAGAAUGGAGCAAGCCCAGGCUGCUGAGGCGUAUUUCAGAGCUGGAAAAGAAAAUCAGUUCAAUGGAGAGCUUGAAGUCACAUCCCUCAGACCCAGCCAAGUCAAGUCCACUGGCUCAUUCUGCAUCGAGCUCCACAGUGAACAGACAGCUACGAGGAGACCGGGACUGUCGGGAAGAGCAGGAGCAUCUCCGGGGCACCCUGAGAAGCCUGAAGGGAGAGCGGGAUGCCCUGCAGGCACAGCUGCUAGAGAGAGGGUUGGAGGUGAAGCAGCUGCUACAGAUAAAGGCUGACCUGGAAAAGGAGCUGGAAAACAUGAGGGAAUGGGAAAAGGAGAGACGAAAACAAGAGGAGGCUUUAAAAGAGGAAAUUCAAACACUUACCAACAAGUUUCAAGAACUGCAUGAAAUGGAGAAAGAAGAGAAAGAUGAUCCCAUGGAAGUUACUCAUGAGACCCAAGAAGAACUCCAAGCUUCUGCUCCCAGCAGCAGGCACUCUGAACAAGACUUGGAUGCAAAUUUGAGUGGGGGGUGGCUCCUGCCCUCCCACCCUGCUUCCAUUGAAAGGAGGAGAGACGCUGCCGCCAGAACCCUGCAGGCCCAGUGGAAGGUGUACAAGCACAAGAAAAAAAAAGCUAUUCUGGAUGAGGCAGCUAUGGUGCUUCAGGCAGCUUUCAAGGGACAUCUGGCUCGAGUGAAGCUUUUAGCAAGCAAAGCAUGUGACUCAGAGCCUCCCAGCACACCCAGCCUCCCAAAUCAGCCCCAGAGUUCUCCCACGCCCCGCAUUCUGAGCCCCAUCGCCCAGACUGAGGGCAGCCCUGGACAAGAGGAGGCCAUCACCGUUAUCCAGUCUGUCCUCCGGGCACACCUAGCCCGGGCCAGUCACAGUAAAAGAACCACCACCGCAGCUGGUACUAAGAGGAGACCAGCUUCAGCCACACCUAAGGAAACCUCCUCUCCACCCGUCCUUGCAGCUUCUCCUGGGAAGGAGGAGAGCAAAGCCAGCAGCAGGGAGGCUGUGGAGGACGAGGACAGGCUAGGGGAGUCAGCAGCCCCAGGACCCUGCUCUGCAGUGCCCUCUCCCUCUCGACCCCUGGUGCCUCCACCUGUGGAUGACGUCAACUCUGAUGACUCGGAUGAUGUGGUCAUCGCCCCGCCUCUGCCCGGAGUACCAAGUGAUCACAUCCCUCUCUCAUCUCUGGCUGUGGUUCAGAGGAGCUUUUUCAGUACCAGCAAACACAUCUACCCUGAAUUGUGGGGGCAGCCAGGGAGCUCUGCAAAGACAUACUCUCUUAAAGUGAAUUACAGCCUGCCUAUCACCUGUGAGGAGCUGCCUUAUCAGGAGCCAGCACCACACCAGCCUCCUCAUCCUCUGCCAGCAUCUGCUCCAACCUUGGCCUCUAGUAGGCCAAGCAGAUGUGCCCUGCUGUGCCCUUUGAAAGAACGGGCCAUGAGACAGGCUAACCCCAUCUCUGCAACAAAAUUCAGCCUUCUAAAGGCUCAAGAUACCCAGGUUCCCAGAUGAGCUCUUAUUCCACCAGCCCCUCCACCUUAACACACAGUGCUUUUCUCUGUCAUCCCCAACCCCUGGAGCAUAGCUAGGAAGGAGUUUGGGUGGAAUUUUGUCACUGGGUAGACUCAGAUUUUAAAAAUUCAAGAUUAUAAUCAUAGAACAUAGAACAGCAUCACACUUGCCUUUGAAAAAAAACAUCAGGGGAAAGAUUGUUCCCAAGCAGGUGACAGGUACCUCAGCCUCUGUGGGUCCCCAUGGGGAGGAAGAGGAGAGAAAGGCAGGGAGACUAGCUGUCACUUCAAGGGAGAACAAAGCCUCACUAUGGUGGCACACUUCAUUCUGUGUCUCAAAACAGUCCCUCAGAUCCUUGAUGUGUGGUGGCCUCUGUACAGGCCAUAGGCUCCACACUGGGCAUGCUGAACCCUUCCAAAGCUGGCAGCUGGAGCUGUUUGCAGUGGAGUUCCUAUUAGGAGCUCACAGUUUUGGUCUCUUGCCUGUUUGUGAGAUUAGCCCUUGCUGGUGAGUAAAAGUGAAGAGCCUAGACUUGGGCAGGACUUCAGGGGUAAGUAGACUCCCGUCCAGCCCAAGUCUGGUAUCUAAAUUUCCUCUGCAGAAUUCCUGCCAGGUUAGACCAGCUCUCAGCUUGAGCCACUCAGGACCUGAGAGCCCCUUCUCUCCCAUGCCAGGUUGUCCAUCUUAAGAGAGAGCUGACAUCAGAAAGUUCUUCCAUAGACUGAACUGAUGGAUUGUUCCGAGGGUGCUGCCCACCCUCAGGAUUCCCCUCUUCCCCAGCAGAACUCCUGAUCCUCUUCCACAUGGUAGGUUUCUGAUGUCAACCUCAGGGGACAUCAGGCUGAGCUUGAGACCUGCACAGUGUUCAGAGGUAGUUGCUCCUGCACAGUGAGGCCCUGGCCAGGAGAGAAGAGCUUGGCAUUGUCCACUUGUCAAGUAGGAAAAUGCAGGAUUGCCCCCGCCCAGCCCUGUCAUCACUCAUUCACUCUCAGAUUGGGCCAUGCAAAGCAGGACUUGCAUGGCCCUACAGUCCAUUGCCUAGCCCCUUUCUCCACUUAGGAUGUUCAUACAAUAGGUAGAAAAAAAUUCAGCCAAGGGCUUGGCUUGUUUAAUUUUUUUUCUUUAUUUGAACUGUAAGCUGCCAAAUCAAUUUCUUUUUUCUUUUUUCUUUUUUUUUUUUUUCCUACCAAACUAAUGGGUAACCUGACUGAAUUCCUAACCUUCAUUCUAUCCAUGUGGGUCUGUUCCCCCACCCACUCCUUGUUGCCAGGCUGAAGGAUACAGGUCUGUAAGAGCUAGUCUAGCCAUGAAGCACCAAGGAGGUAACAGGUUCCUGCAUGUUUUAGGAGGAGUCAUUGAUUCUGUCCCUCCUUCUCCCUCAUUUUCACAUCCAUGUGCUCACUCUUAGAAACUAGUGGCCUAGAGUUCUACCCAUUGAGGGAUUAGUUUACCAUCAAGGAUAUCCCUGCUUGAGGAGAGGAUGCUGGGGAAGGAGACCCUGGAGCGGGAUGGUGUCUUGAGGGCCUUUCUGUGCACAUAAUGGUAGGGGCUUGGUGAGUGAGCAGAGCUGAGAACAAGGUCAAAGUCAGCCAAUGCACUUGACUUCACCAAGAAAAGAGAAUUGUAAAUAUAAGAAUUUCCUGUUUGUCCUCCUUUGGUGCAGCACUGUUGAUCUAUUAGCAAACAUUCUGUCUUGAAGCUACCUCAGUAAAUAACAAUAGCUCAAGCCUGUGUCUUCAGCUGAUAUUGAAUGUCCAGUGCUGGUCACCAGGCUCUUUGCUGGGGCAGCCUGUAGGGCUGCUGUGUGAUCCCCUAACACUGCAUGGUUUUGUUCCCUGGGGCAAGCAUCAGGGAUAGGCAUGCUUGCAGAGAACCCCGGGGGACUCUCCCUUCCUGUUUUGGUGCUACUCUGUAGGACAGGCCCCUUUUUCCUGAGCUUGGUCAUAGAGGAGCAGGUCCCCCAUACCAGGCCAGCUUGCUGGAGCCAUGGGUGAGGCCAAGGCUACUGGAGCCAGGGUGGGGCCUACAAAGGUAGCAAGGUAACCCUGUGGGAGAGUGGAUGAGCUGAGUUUGGGAGACAGACCUCAACUUCAGUGUUAAAUGCCAAAGCAGAUCUGUUAAGUGCCAAAGUAUAUUUAUGCACUUCUGGGUAGAGAUUAAGUGGUACAUGUUGCUCACUCUGCCCUGAUUUUCACUGCCACAUCACCUUGAAUUUAAGAAGGGUAACAAAACUUCGCCUGUUAUUAGGGGCUGUUAGGUAGUCCAGCUUUAAAAAAAAAAAAAACCAUAUUCUAUCCAUCCCAUGCCCAGUAAACAAGCAGUCACAGAAGAUGUGAAAAUCUCCCUGGACCUGGCCCCACUGCAUUGGCAGCAGCCCCACCUGUUCACUGGGCGCUGCUGAAGUUGGUCUCUGUGAAGGAGUGGUGGCUGCAGGUACACCUGACCAGAUGUGUAUAGAGGCUUGUCCUGUCUGCCCACUGCUCUUCCAGCAGGCACUGUCUGGAGGUCUCCAGGUCUCCUGUAUGGGCACAGCCCAUACAGGCCCUUUGUAGGAUGCUGUUCACCCAGUGUAUUCUGCUCCAGUACAGGGAGAAAGAGGAUACCCAGGUUCAGAACAGACUCUUCUGUCACUCUACUGAAGAUGCCAGGCAAUGCCGCUACCCCCAGUAUCCCUUGGUCACAUUGCCCACCAGUGCAGCUGAGGAGAAAAUGCUGGGAGAGGCUGAGACCCCCAGGCCACUGAAAAAAGCAAGGAGGCAGAAUGUGGUGUGCAUGCUGGGCCACAAAGCAGGUGGCAGGUGCCUUUCUAUGGAGCUCUGCAGCAAGUUUCUGGGCAGCAUGAACCCAGAGAGAAGUAUGCCAACCCUUGGCUGGUGGGGACAGGGCUUGAGUGGCCUACUGGGGCAAGAGGAGCAAAGAAAACUGGCAGGACCCUAGUCAGUCCCCCAGGCCUCCAAUGGUGACCUGCCUUGGAGAUGAGGAGGCAGAGCCAACCAGGGCUGAAUUCUGACCUACAGGGCAGCUUGCUGUGGUAAGGGCUUUUAUUUCCUCUUUGUGUAUUAGGGAGGGACUCUGUGAAACAGGCAAUGGCCCUGCCCACGUGCACUGGCAGGGUUCUGUCUGAUGAAUGUCUAUUUAGGUCUCCUGAAAGGGAAGUAAGAACUGUGCUCUCCAUCCCUCAGAUGAAUCAGAAACCUUCUUUGCAAAAAGACCGAUUGAAUUAGGAAAAGAUAGACCAUCCUAGUUGAGAUCUACCAAGAUAAGUACAGCAGAACGUUGGGUCAUUUUUCAGAAAUAAAUAGCUUCUGGGAAAAGCACCAAGCACCUGUGGCUCAGUGGGUAGGGUGCCAGCCCCAUAUACCGAGGGUGGCGGGUUCAAACCUGGCCCUGGCCCUGGUCAAACUGCAACAAAAAAAUUGCUGGCGCCUGUAGUCCCAGCUACUCGGGAGGCUGAGGCAAGAUAAUCGCCUAAGCCCAGGAGUUGGAGGUUGCUGUGAGCUGUGUGAUGCCACAGCACUCUACCAAGGGCAAUAGAGUGAGGCUCUGUCUCUACAAAAAAGAAAAACCUUCAAGAUCCGAAUAAAAACUUUAUUACAACCUGUCUUAACGAAUUGCAAAAUCCCUUUUUGGUUUUGGAAGCAGCGUUUGCUCUCAUGUGGUUCAGAGUGUCUUUGCUAUGGAUUGGGCCAGCUCUGCAUUCCCAAGGGCCUGCUGGCAGCCACGAACCAUGCCAGCUACCCCGUCUGGUACAGACCAUGACUGGGUAAGCAUCCUUGAAAGCAAGAGAAAUUACAUCUGGAAUCUGAAAUGGGAAACUAUCAAGAUGGGUUAGGAGAAGAAACAGUAAAUCUACUGGUCUUUUUUAUUUAGCAUUCUAAUUUUAUACACAAUUUAUACAUGAAGCUUUUGGAAGGUGUGAGAUUUUCAUUUCUACACUACUCAUUAUUGGCCGUUGUAAGUAGAAAGUUGUUUUGCAGGGUAUUUUUCCCCACUGCCCUGCAGAGCCUUCCCUUUUAAUCACCUCCAGGGGUGCUCUUGCAGUAGUUCUUGGUACGCAAGCACUGAGUGCACUUUAGCUACUUCAAAAUCCCAGUUUUCUUGGGCUUCUGGCAUUUUAUUUUGGUUGCAGCACAGGCUUGGAGAUUGACAGGCAGCUAGAGGGAAGAGAUCCCACCUCCAGUUCCUUGCCAUGCGUGAAUUCUGGUGCAUAUGUCGACACCCAGGCCCUCUUCAAAUUUCUGUUCCUUGGACACACUUGAAGACUUGAGCACCGAGAAACAAAAAUGUAUGUGUGUGAAGAUAUCUUCACAUUCUAUUUAAUUUUUAUUUCAGGAGCAGGGAAGGAGUAAUUUACUUAGAAAUCAAACACAGAUGGCAAUGACAAAAAAAAUGGUGUUGAUAUCUGGGCUUGUUUUCCAAUAUUUUAUAGCACAGAACAAGGUGCAUCUGUGGCUAUUUCUGUGUGGCUGCCUGCCCUGGACUGCCUUGCUCAGGUCAAGUUUGUCUGAAGUUCUUACAUGUGGGCUCUGGCAUUUUCCUGAGCCCAUCCUCAUAUCCUGAUCACCUGUGUGUCUUAUUGGCAGAUGGUUCAUUUGGAAACUUGUGCUUUGCAUAGAUGCUGGUAUGGCCUUAAGGGGCUCAUGACAGUGGAGAGCACAGUCCACCAGAUGACCCCAGCCACAAGUCUGCUACCACUAGCUGCCAACCUCCUCGUGGGGCUCAGAUCUAAGAGCAGAGGAGGCAGCCACGGGGGCUUCUCAGCUGUAACUGGCGAGAGGAGAAGAGAGGAGGUCCAACAUCGGGCCUCCACCCAGCCUUAGCUCAAGUGUCCCCGGGCUUGGCCACAUGGCCAGCUCUAGCCAAUGGAGUGAUGAAAUGUGACACAAGCAGAAAAGCAUUUCUGCUCCAGGGCUUUGCUCUCUUGCUGUCCUCAGAUGCCAAGUGGAGAAGCCUGAGCUAGCCUGCUGGGGCCACAUGAUUCGGCUUAUAGCACCAACAGCUGCCACAUGACUGCAGUUUGGGAGGGCAGACAUCUGAGACCAUCAAGGCAGGACUGCUUCCUGUGGAGGAUGUGCAAUAAAGACCGUCCCAGGGCUCUCGCCAUCUUCUGAUGUCUCCAGCAAUCCUGGUGUUCUGUGGCCUACAGAUGCAUUCCUCUCCUCUCUGCCUCCAUAUUCAUCAAGUGUUCUUCCCUCUAGGUUUCUUUAUCUCUGAGUCUCUGUGUACAAAGUGCUCUCUUGGGUGGCACCCGUAGCUCAGGGGGUAGGGUGCCAGCCACAUACACUGAGAUUGACAGGUUCAAACCCAGCCUGGGCCAUCUAAAACAACAAAAUAGCCAGGCAUUGUGGUGGGCACCUAUGGUCCCAGCUACUUGGGAGGCUGAGGCAAGAGAAUCGCUUGAGCCUAAGAGUUUGAGGUUGCUGUGAGCUGUGACACCACAGCACUCUACUCAGGACAACAGCUUGAGACUCUGUCUCAAAAUAAAUGAAUAAAUAAAUAAGU